GCUCCGUUCAGUGUUCCUCGACUGGCCAGCGAGUGCGGUACGGUCAUAGUUCAACAUUUGGAUUAAAUAUUGACUAGCGAACGGACAGGACAUGGCGGCAAUGAGUGCGGAUAUUGUGCCCAUGGAACAAGUGAGCUCGAUGGUCUCCAACGGCGGUGGCAGCGUGGCCAUGCAGCGCGAUGAUGAGUACAGGAAUCGGAUCAUGAAAAUACGUAGACUUGGUCCUUCGCAAAGCAUCAAAAUAUCGGACCGCACGGACAGCCUGUGGCAAGUGACUGCCACCAGCAUGCAACAGCAACCUCAGCGGCACGGUCGACCUGCACCACAGCACCAGCACAGUCAGUACAAUCAGCACCACCAGCACCAGAACCAGUGGGCACUGCACCACCAGAACCACUUGAACCAAACACCGCGCUCCACCGGCAGGCAAACCAUGCUGGGCAGCAACCACAGUAGCCAGCGGGAGACGAGCGUUUCGCCCCGCCGAGUGGCUCUCGACACCACCGCCUCGGGAUCCACCACCGGAUUCGGUUUCGAUCGGGAUACACAAGCAAAACAUUCACAUGGAUUUCUCUAUUCGGACGAGGAAAUCAGCGAUAAGGCAUCAACAUGCGGAAAAUUGCUAAUAUUUCUCUCCGUGGCUCUUGUGAUAAUGACGCUACCCUUCAGUCUCUUCGUUUGCUUUAAGGUGGUGCAGGAGUACGAGCGCGCGGUUAUCUUCCGUUUGGGUCGUCUUAUGCAGGGCGGUGCCAAGGGCCCAGGUAUCUUCUUCAUCCUGCCCUGCAUUGACUCCUAUGCCCGUGUGGACUUGCGUACUCGCACAUACGAUGUGCCACCGCAGGAGGUUCUCACAAAGGAUAGCGUUACGGUUUCGGUGGAUGCAGUGGUUUACUAUCGGGUAUCAAAUGCGACCGUCUCUAUCGCGAACGUGGAGAAUGCUCACCAUUCGACCAGGCUACUGGCACAGACUACUCUACGAAACACAAUGGGAACUCGGCAUUUGCAUGAGAUACUCAGCGAGCGUAUGACGAUUUCCGGCACAAUGCAGGUUCAACUCGACGAAGCCACCGAUGCCUGGGGCAUCAAAGUUGAACGUGUGGAAAUCAAGGACGUGCGUCUGCCGGUGCAACUGCAACGUGCCAUGGCCGCGGAGGCAGAAGCCGCACGGGAAGCCCGCGCCAAAGUCAUCGCCGCCGAAGGAGAACAGAAGGCGUCGAGGGCUCUUCGCGAGGCGUCCGAGGUGAUUGGCGAUUCGCCGGCUGCCCUCCAACUGCGCUACCUUCAGACACUCAACACCAUAUCUGCGGAGAAGAACUCGACGAUUGUGUUCCCGCUGCCCAUCGAUUUAAUAACAUAUUUCCUGAAGACCAACGAGGCCACAACGCAGCAAAAUGCCCGAGCAGCUGCGGCAGCAAUUGGCAACACACCGCCCCCAUUGCAACUGGCACCGCAGCAGCAGAUGCAGCAGCAACAGCCGCAGUACCAACAGCCGCAGCAGCAGCAGCAGCAGUACCAACCGCAGCAGCAACAACAGCAGCAGCAGCAACAGCCGCAGCAGCAGGAUCAACUCUAUCAGCAGGGGCAGCAGAUCUCAUCAGCCAUGUAAAUCAGCUUAAGAUCACAAAAGGUUCGGCUUUGUCGACUCUAAAAUGUCCUGCACAAUGUUUGAAGAAUAUCCUUCUAACGAGAUGGCAUAAAAAUACUUCAGGAAUAUGUAUCAUAUAUGCAUUUCCUUUAAAGAAAUGCACAUCCAAAUAUCGAUAGAAAAAAUUGUAACUGAACAGGCUUUUUCUGCAGUCGAAAAUAUUGCUUCAUUUUCAAAGGCUGGGUAACUCUGACGACCAACUUAAAAAUGUGUAUCUCAAAUCCCCAUAUCCCUUUUCCCUGAGCUGCACAUUUUGAGUUACUAUCCUUUAGGAAAUGAAAGCUGGCUAUGUAAUUUUUGUUAGGGAAUGUAAUGUAAUGCAUUUUUCUGGGCUUUUUAAGCAGCAACUCGAAAUAAAAUUGUGCAGAGCGUUUCAACAUAAAAACCAAGAACAAAAAAAACAACCAACGGAAACAACGAUUCAAAAGAAUCAAAAAUCUUAGUUCAUAACACCGAUAAGUGCGAUUCGAAUGCGUUAGUCGACUGCAGAUCCUUCAAGAAGGAAACGAGGGAUCUGAGGUCAAAUAGAUACAAAGAUACAAACCUAGACUAGUUUCAUACGAGGCGAUAAUAGAGUUUAAUAUUUGUAGCUUUACGACCAGAGGACGCAAUUCUAAAUAUUAAAUGUAGGAACUAGCGGUGCAACUCAAGUUUAGCACACAACACAAAAAUCAAAGUAAAAUCCUUACUAUUAAAAUCACACCAUAUGAUGUGCGGUCGUUCAAGUGAAAAUUCUAAAACCAACCAGUUUUGAAAGUCUUGAAUUAUGAAAUUUGAAAUAGUCAAAAAUGGUUGGUUUGGUUUUGUCUUUUCACGAACUGAGCGGGCCACAGAUUAUUGUUUGUUUUUCUCUCAAUAUUCAAUGAAGGUCCGUUUCCUUGCAUGCUAGUUAAAAAUUAGACCAUUUUGUUAGUUUAUUAGGUAUUUUAUUAAACAUUUCUUUUUAGUAAUAAAUUAAUUAACUGAUCCAAGAAAGCGGGCCCUCGUUGAACUAAAAUAUUCAUUGAACUGUUGACAAAGGCGUUUUGUAAAUGUUUAUCCGUAUCGUGGUUACCCUGUUAAUUAUGGAUGAAUCUGAUGACUUAAAAUAUUGCUGUAUACUUAGCUAUGCAAAUUUACAUUUAAGUCGUGAUCAGGUUAGCUCGUAUAAAAUAGAAUUACUGUUGUUCAAAACCAAUUUAAACUUUAUAGGACUUUAAUAACUCUCAUUAUGAACAGUUGUACUCAUAUGGUACACUCCAACUAAUACAACUGUUAAUCUGUUUCCACUGGAGCUAAUCCAGGAAUCUAGAGGAUUUGUUUGAUCAUAGUGGGCUUAGAAAUCUUUUAAAAAUAUCGAUCAGUUUUUAAAAGUUGUCUGAACCUACGCUAACAGAUGAAAUCAACUAGUCAGCAACGUUCGUAGGUCCAAAAUACGAAUGCCAAACAAUAAAUAAGAGUAAUACGAAUUUAUUGUACAUACAAUAAACAAAUAGAGCAAUUAAGCCGUACAGAACUGUUUUACCAAUUGACACCUGAAUUAAUAUUGCAUAAUCGUAUCGGGUAUACACCACACACAAACACAAACACAUACACAUGAUGUAGAAGAUCGUCUAGCCUCUCUCGAAGUAGAUUCCAUCUACUUGAAUAUGUCUGAAGUAAGAAAAAGUCGAAGAACGAAAUGCAUCUUAUGCUAAAAUGUAUUUGCAACACGGAAAAGUUUACUUUUUAGCGCACUUCAUGAAAUACGAAACGAGUUAUUGAAAUAAUAAUAUAUAUACAUAUGCAAGCAUAACGAACUACAUAUUAUGUACAAUUUUGCCUUUGAAAAUUUUUAAACAGAAACGAUUUCAUUAUCCACAUACAAUUAGAUUUAUGUGUAAAGGAACAAUAAAAUUUCUUCAACUUUUUUGGUAUCCAAAAGA